UUUUUUUUACAGGGUCCUGAGGUCCUUGCUGCUAUUUCCCAAGAGUUAUUUUGACUUUCAGUAGUCACUUAGAAACACUAGAGAGCGUUAGAAUGGUCAUAUAUUUUACCUAUAGGUUGCUGUUUGCAUACUUUACUUUGCCUGGACUCUUACUUGGGGAAUUGGCUUUCCGAUGCCCAAGUUGUGCGGCGGAGAGCCUAGCUGCGUGUCCCAAAGUCACAGCAGCAUGUGCAGAAAUAGUGAGGGAGCCGGGCUGCGGGUGCUGUCCGCUGUGCGCCCGGUUGGAGGGGGAGAACUGCGGGGUCUAUACGCCAAGGUGCUCCAGUGGCCUGAUGUGCUAUCCAAGCACAGAGUUUGAAUUACCUCUUCAACAGCUCAUUCAGGGUUUGGGACGAUGUCGACAAAAAGUGGAUUUGGAAGUCACAACAAGUCUGGACCACCAGGCUACAAAUGACGUGCACGGGACUGAGAAUCCCGUCACCAAAAGACCUCCUUUGGCCGAUGCUUGGUUGUGGCAGGAGUCCGCCAGGAAACAAUAUCAGAAUGAGCUCAAAGCCAAGAUGAAGACGAAACAACCAGAGGACCCCCGAACCCAGAAAGUACCACAGAGCGCCUGCCAUCAGGAACUGGAAAAGGUCUUAGAGGAGGUCUCCAAAAUAACCUCUGAGGAUAACAGAGGCCCGCUGGAGAAUCUCUACGAGCUCAAGUUUCCUAACUGUGACAGACAUGGACUGUACAACCUCAAACAGUGCCACAUGUCCACCCACGGCCAGCGGGGCGAGUGCUGGUGCGUUAACCCCUUAACCGGGGUCCAGAUUCCAGCAACGCCUAAAGUCAGAGGGGAUCCCAACUGUGACCAGUUCCAGGAGGAACUGAAAGUGAUGCCCACUGCAACAGCUGCGUACUAGCACGGUCCAGCACAUCCAAUGACAGGGUUGGGUUUACUUAUAAAAUCAAAAUGGAGGAUUCGUGGAAUAGAGUUAUUUCAUCAACAUGCAAAGAAGUUGCUAUAUUUGAAGGCUUUGUCUCUACUUCUUUUUUGAAUUUGCACUAGGUUUAGGUUAAAGUAUCACUGAUGUGUUAUAGGAUGAAGUUGGCAUUGUUCUAGUUUUCCUGUUGUCAACAAAUACCGUGUCCGGCUCACCUAUUUCCUUGCGACUCAAGCCAGUGUACUCCUACUAAAGAUGUAUGGAAUACAUAUUUUCUGUUUUUACCUGUCCUAAAGCAGCUGGCCACUGUAGUUCUUUACAAACUCUACUUAAACUGAAGAAAAGGGUAAAUUGUUAUUUCUAACUGCGUAAUAAUACACAUUUGUUGUACACGUUCGUUUUUUAUGGAUGUCUGACAGCAGGACGGUUUAUUUGGACUUAUGUCCACUUGACAGUUUGGUCUUUUUAGGGUUGUUUUCAGUUACUUUUUAAUGGGAAUUUUUUUGACAAUAUAAAAAGAAUUGUGCCAGCCUUAUGCUUUGAAGCUGCAUUGAUUGAUUGUUGGGGCCACUUAGGGGCAGCAGAACAAGCUGUAAACAUACAGUAUCUUAUCUUAUAGUGAAUGUGUCAGCAGACAGAGCAGGAUUAGCAUUCCUUUGGAGUCAUUUUUUUUUACCCCCUUGACAAAAGUAAGUCUAAUCUUCAUUCUUAUUUUAACUCUUUAGAUCUUCACCAACUCCUGAG